GUGAUAAAGGUGAACUAGGAUUUAGGGUAGGUAUUUCUUGUCUUCUCUUUGUAAGUAGAAGUGUUGUAUGCAAUUAGCCUCUCUCAUUAAGGCAAAAAAAGAAAGCCAUUUGGGGGGGGGGACUGUCUACCAUCGUGAAAGAUUCUAGACAAUCCAAACAACGUGAAAAGCGACUUUUAAAAGUUCUAACUGUAAAUGUACCAUUAUGCAAACAACUAUAAUACUAAAUAUUUGUAUUCCUUGGUGCGGAGACUCUCAAAUGUGGGAGAGAUGUUAACAUCAGUAACACACUCUUGGUUUUUAAAAAGCAACAAUUGCCCAAAAAUACGGGUCUAAAUCAUAAAACAACUGUAUAGUGAGCCACCCUAAUGAUUUAAUUCGAUACUAAAGUCGACGCGCAGGAGCAACAAUAAAUAGCAACCAUUUUUAUGCUCAAUCCUCCAUAGCUUCCAACCUCGUUUUUGAACGAGGUUGCAUAACUUCCUAUACUCUUACAGUCCUGCUUCAACCACAGAACAAUACAGUAACCACAUCAUUGCAGUGAUAGCCUGAGUGUCGGGCUCCGAGCAAUAGGCGACUUGCAGCUACCAUUACACGUGGCCUAAUUAGCCUUUCUCAUGAUGACGAAUAUCCGCCAUUUUUGGGUGGCAUCUAAUUCUCGUUAACCAAUGCAGACAAUUAAUACAAUGUGAAAAGCAUUUUUUUAAAUAAACUAACCAUUUACAAAGCAAAUUUACCAUCAUUCGUUCAAAAAAAUUAUAAAAAGUCGCUGUUAUGUGGACUUAUCUCGCAGACUUCGGCUGAAAAGCCACCCAAAAAUGGCGGCGUUAGAAAGGUUAAUUCAUCUAAAUCUCGAAUUUUCAACGUAUUUUCGCGUGCCUUGACACACUAAGUUCGACAAGAAAUUAAAUAAUAUCAAACUGUUUUCGUAGACGUUUCUUGAGGUUUGAGUGUAUAAACUUGCUUUCAAGACAGUAUAAUUAAUUAUAAUCACGUGACCGCCAACAGUGUCGCUGAUUUCUAUUACAUACUCUGACCGCCGAAACACCUUCAUGGUGCGUUCUUUCGACAUUAUUCCCUGUUUUAAAAUUCAUUUAGUUUUCUCAGUCAGCUCAUAUUGUUGGACGUGGUGUAGAAGAAAAACCAUCAUAUAUUGUAGGAAGAGGUAUUCUUUAUAUUUGUGUAACCUGGUGAGAAAUCAAAGCUGUACCAUAAUUAUUUUACUCUUACAGUCUUAUGACUAGGUGGGCCAGCACAAAAUUUCACGUUACGAUGCAUGUAAUUUCCAUUUUAUAAUUAGUGGGCCACAGUAAGUAUAUUUGGUAUAAAGCAAACGGUAAUUUGUCUUUAAUCCUGUAUGGUUUUAACAUGUUACACUCGGGCCAGGUGGAUAUAGUGCAUCCCGUGAAGCAGAAAGAGAAAGCCACAAAUCCACAAAGUUUGGUUUAACAUGCAGUGUUUAAUUAAGAUAUUUUUAAAACUAUUUCUAAUCAAUAGAAUUAUUACUGAAAGUCUGUAAAUAUUGUUUUGCUUACAAGAAUUUUAAUUGCAGUACGAGAGCUGUAAUACAAAUUGUUUUACGACAGUUUUCUGGUCAUUUUUGUCACGUUUCUAAAACAAUCACGUCAGUUUCGGUGCACAGUGCAAGGAUAUCAUUGCACUAUUCACCUCCACGUCGGUCGUGAAAAUGCAUUACUGUAGCUUACUAUAAUAGACCUUUCCAGUAAUUACGUCACAACUGGAUUUUGACUAUUAAAUGUGGAAAUAAGCUUAAACACAAAAACGAGGCUGAUGGGCCCUGGCCCCCUCUUGGCACCUCAGCCUCAUUUUCGUGUUUAAACUUAUUUCCACAUUUAUUGCACCCUUGUACCAGAGGCUCUUUGCGAGGCGAAAUAAACGAGAGGCGAGAAGGAAGAGCCUCUGGUCAACAUCGGUUGCAAAUGAAUCAGAAUUUGAAUCUCGCAUGUGAUUGGCCAUUUGUAAGAAUAUGUCAAACAGGUUUGGGAAAUAAACAUUACUGGAAGCUAAUUAUAGCUAUUUAUAGCCUGCAGAAAUGUUUAUUUCCCAACCCGUUUGACAUACUUGUACAAAUGGCCAAUCACAUGGGAGAUUCAAAUUCUGAACCUAAUCAAGUGUUGAAGUGGGAUUUGCAACCGAUGUGACCAGAGGCUCUUCCUUCUCGCCUCUCAUUUAUUUCGCCUUUCAAAGAGCCUCUGGAACCAGGGUACAUUUAUUGGUCAAAAUCCAAAAUUCUUUUUAUGCAUGUGCUGAAGAGAAAUGUUCUGCUUCUCUGACCAUAGCCCGUGAGAAACAAACUUAAAAUCCAUUCCAUUUAAGGUAGUCCUACGUUGAAAACAGUGUUAAUCGUGACGUAAUUACCGGAAAGGUCUAUUCGUCUCAGUAUUUUUAAUAACUGAUAUAUAACUUGAAAGGCUUCAAUCAGACAUCAAAGACUAUUAUAGCCUUUCCAGUGAAUGUAUAUUAUCUUACAAUGUUCACGUAUUAUUGUUUUGUUUACAGCGUACCUACUAAAAUCGUGGAUAGUCAGUCAUCGGGCGGGACAAAUAUCUUACUCAAAGGGUUACCUCAUUGUUGGUCAAACAGGAUAUUACUAUGUGUAUUGUCAGUUAUAUUCAAGAGAUGCUGAUGCAACAUCAUACAAUUUUCUCCUCUACAUUGACGAGAAACCAGUGCUGAAGGCGGUCAAACCAAUAAUAAGUUCAAGAAAGACUUACAACAACACAAAUUAUAUUGGAGGAGUGUUCCGGAUUGCCGCUGGCCAAAGAAUCAGUGUUCGUACACAGUAUAAGAAUCUCUUUAUGUAUAAUAGUACGGACUCAUUCUUUGGCGCAUUUAUGAUUCAUCCUUAA